AUGACGUCUCAUAGAUGUGUUGUGUGGUGUCUGUUGAUAGUGUUAGUUGUGGACAUUACACCAGCUAUCAGUGAUGGGAAUGCGAGAGAAGAAAGAAAAUUGUUCGGAGGUUACAAAAUAACGCCGUCGUAUUGUAAAGCAAGUAGAGCGGCGAGGUACAACCGGGGUAACACUAUAUGUAUGUUCAACCACGAGUGUGUUCAGAGAGGUGGUGAAGUGGUCGGCUCUUGUAUGGACGGCUUCCUUUUCGGAGCUUGCUGCCAGUUACCAUCUGACAGUCAGUCACAUAUACCCAAAGGCCCAGGUAUUGUUAUGACCAGCUACCUAGACUACCCUGACCCAGAAGCAGAAACUGACGAUUACGACGCUGAACAUCUAAGUGCUUAUCAUAACAGCUUCAAACCGGUAGUAACGCCGGGGUAUAAGCCUAGUAGCAGCGUUUCAACUUUCACUGUAAGAUAUGAAUCAGAUGCGAGCACCGAGAUGCAUCAGGCUGAAAUAAUAUCUGAAGGACUCACGCAGAUCACAAAUACUUUAUUGAGCACACCGCCCAAGGAAGAUAAUUUCAUAUAUAUAAAGCCUCAAGGUGUAUACACACAUAGCACUAUCAGUCACCCGGUGGCUGAUACUAUUCUGUUCCACAAGAACGGCUCGAUGGUUAACGAUAUAGCGAGGCCGUCAGAUUUCAAUGUACAAAUAUCGUCAAUGCAAACCAAACCCACCGUGUCGCCUAGCACGAGCUCUGUCUCGUCUCCCGGUAUAAUAGUUUCGUCGACCCACAGACCUAUAUUCAAACCGAAACCGAAUAACAAAAUAUCGACGAAACCGACCACUGACAACUAUGUGAUGGUUCAGACGGUCACCAAAGACUCUCAGAAGGUUCCGGAGCUAUCUUCAAUUAACAGCAUCAUACAGAUGCUCAAUGACAGUACUCCGAGCUUUAGUGAUGAUGUAAGCUCUCCAUCUUCGAUCGAUGUCAUGGAAACCAAGUCCUCGCCGAGCCCCUCCACUGUCACUCCAGUUUUAUACAGCAGUAGCUACCCCAUAUACACAACCGGACACUACGUCACAUUAAAACCGUCUUCAUUCAUAAGUAGCGUCUCACCGAUAGCUGGGACAAAGAAGCCAUUAACAACUAAGAAACCGUACAUCACUAUAAACACCACACCGAAUAGUGCGGAAGGGAAGCCGUCGAAGCCUUAUAAUUCAUCUCCCAGACCGAAUCAAUCAACUAGUCAGGCUAUAGAAGCUUUCAACAACUAUCCAACCGAUCCUCAAGACUUUGGACAAUCAAUCACCACGUUCAGCUACGUGAGUUCAACAACAACUUCGAAACCAACGUCAACUACAAGAAAACCUCCUUCAACGAGCUACGUAACCGGAUCUAAACCUUUAAGAAGACCAGCUACUCCGCCAACGAAUUUCGUAUCUUCGUAUGAAGCGGCUUCAGACACUUUCUCAAGUGUGACCCCGACCGUCAUAGUGUUAAACGGACUCAGUACAAAACCGGAAUCCUCAUCAGAAGACACGGAGUUUGUUGAAAUAUCCCAGGAGCCAUUCAAGAAACCAGUCAGUCAAAUCACUGUCAACAACCAUAUAGAAUCCACAAACAAUAUCUACAUGGGCAAACCGCCGCAGACGUACGAUAAACCGAAGCCUUCAAGACCAUCUUCUCCAACGGUUGUUAUAACCCCCAAACCCUCACCAACAACGCCUUACCCUAUCAAAGGGUCAACACGUCCCGUUCCGAUCACACCGAACGUUCCUCUCUACGAUUCCUACCCAGAUUUCUCACCAACAACGACCCCUAAAACGGAAAUGCAGACAUCUCCGGAUGAUCUCAUAAACUUCCCUCCCGUCAGAAAUCCUCUCCUAAACGCGACGGGAUCCAACCCUGCUCUAUACAAUACAAGCGUAUCCGUUGACAACGACUUAGAUAUUCUACACGAUGUAGAUUUCUCAACACCGUCCUGGCAGGACGAUGAGAAACUGAGCGAAAAAAUGAAUUUGUUCGUUAAUAAAAUCGUUGGCAGUCUGCAGGGAUCGUUCCAGGAUCUUCACGAUAUAGUCGUAUUAGACAAGAAACCAACUACCACAGUGAACCGUGACAAAACCACAACCGCUAAACCACCAAAGAAAACUAUACCAACAAGAAAACCUGUGACCACCAAGAAACCUUUGAGGGUGUCCACUACGAGCAAGAAACCUCCAGUGAAGACGACGAAAAAGCCGCUCCGUACCACCACCGUCCCAAAAAAACCUACCACGACCACACAACCACCUACAACCACCGUUAUAACCACAACCACAACCACAACCAAAAAACCGGUGACCACCACAAAGAAACCCAUCAAGAGAGUGACCACCAGCCUCGCUACCACCGCCACUGAACAGUAUGAUGACGUCACCACCGAGGGGUACUCCGAGCCUAUCGAUUAUAACGAUAAGAAUUUAUGCGGCGUGCGUCCGUUGAUGAAGUCUGGUCGUAUCGUGGGCGGGAAGAACGCGAGGUUCGGCGAGUGGCCGUGGCAGGUGCUUGUGCGUGAGUCAACUUGGCUUGGGCUGUUCACCAAAAACAAGUGUGGAGGGGUGCUCAUCACUAGUAGAUUCGUGACCACGGCCGCCCAUUGUCAACCUGGGUUCCUAGCGUCGUUAGUGGCAGUGUUCGGUGAGAACGACAUAUCCAGCGACCAUGAGCCGCGCAGACCUGUCACCAAGAACGUGAGGAGGGUCAUCGUACACCGGCAGUACGACGCCGCCACCUUCGAGAACGACCUGGCGCUGCUCGAGCUAGACUCGCCCGUGCAGUUCGCGCCGCAUAUAGUUCCUAUCUGCAUGCCGCCCGACGACGCGGACUACACUGGCCGCGUGGCGACAGUCACUGGCUGGGGGAGACUUCGGUACGGGGGCGGAGUACCCGCCGUGUUACAGGAAGUACAGGUGCCGGUGAUUGAGAACAACGCGUGUCAGGAGAUGUUCCACACGGCCGGCCACGCUAAGAAGAUACUCAACUCAUUUAUAUGUGCGGGGUACGCGAACGGACAGAAAGACUCCUGUGAGGGUGAUAGUGGCGGGCCGUUAGUGCUUCAACGUGAUGACGGUAGAUGGCAAUUAGUUGGUACUGUGUCACAUGGUAUAAAAUGCGCGGCGCCCUACCUGCCCGGAGUAUACAUGAGAACCACCUACUACAAGCCCUGGCUGAGAUCUAUCACCGGAGUUCGUUGA